UUGCAUUGUCUUGGUGUCUCACGCCCACUUUCAGAUCAACAACGUGUGUGUGUAACUUUAAGUGCCAAGGGAAAAUUGGGUCAGUGAGAGAGGAGAGAGGGAGAGAAGCAUGUGUUAGAGGAGGAGAGGCACACUGAGAGAGGGGGAGACGGACAGAGAAAUGGAGAGAAAAUCCUCAGCAGCCCUUGAACUACAGUAACAAGUGGUCACUUGAGUAAUCACUGGUGAUUCAGAGAGAAAUAGACAGACACGUUCCUAAAAAUGGCAAGCCUUCCCAAAGAGCCACCCGAGGAUCCCAAGAGGCAGAGUUUCUGGAUGCCGGGGAAUUAUGUGCGUACAGUGCACCGAACUGAACAGUCCUACCAGGCCUGCAAUGACAUUGUGGCCUGCUUCAUGGAGAGAGCAAAGGUGGAGAAGAUGUACGCCCAGCAGCUCAGCCAGUGGAGCAGCAAGUGGAAGUCCAUAGUGGAUUCUCGGCCACUUUAUGGCUCCCUCAUGAGGGCUUGGCAAUGUUUCUUCACCUCCACCGAGCGAUUGUCCGCCCUCCACUCCUCCAUCUCCCAGUCGCUCAUGGCGGAGGAAGGGGACCGGGUGAGGACCUGGCAGAAGGAGACCUUUCCAAAGAAACUCUUCUGUGGGUUCAGGGAGAGCCAUGACAACGGCACAAGCUUUACUCGUGCGCAAAAACCCUGGUCCAAAAAACUGAUGAAGCUGGAGAAGGCCCGAGUUGCAUAUCACAAGUGCUGUCAGAGAGAACAAUCAGCCCUCGACAAGGAGAAACAAGCAAACGAAAACACUGAGAUGAGUCCGGAGAAAAAGCAGAAAAUUACAGAGGCCAGAGAAAAGGUCACAGAGGAGAAAGAAAAGAUAAGAGACCGCUACGAGCAGCUGCUGGAGGAUGUGUCGUCCUACACCCCUCGCUACAUGGAGGAGAUGGAAGCCAUUUUUGAGCAGUCGCAGGAGGAGGAGAGGAAGAGGAUCAGCUUUCUGAAGCAGGCCUUCCUCUCCAUCCACAGACAUCUUGACGUCACCAACAAUGAGAGUGUGAAGGCGGUGUACAGUGAGCUCCACGACACUCUGAUGGCCAUCAAUGAGCAAGAUGAUCUCAAAUGGUGGAAGAACAACCACGGCCCUGGCAUGCCCACCGACUGGCCAAAGAUUCAGGAAUGGGUCCCACCAGUAAAAAAGCUAAAUAGAAAGAAGAGAGACCAGAAAAGAAAAGAGAGCCGACCUGUGAUGAUUGGAGGUGUGAAGGUGCGAGCUUUGUACGACUAUGUGGGAGAGGAGGGUGACGAGCUGUCCUUUAAAGCAGGUGAAGUGUUCCUGAAGGUGGAGGAGGAGGACGACCAGGGCUGGUGUCGAGGCGUCCUGAGUGGAGGGAAGGAGGGCUUCUAUCCAGCAAAUUAUGCUGAAAUUGCGGAAUGACGUCACCUUGUCUAAUAUGUCCUAAACUUAUUUCUCACAAAGAUUUCAAAUCCUCUAAAAAAAUAUUAUUAUUAUUAUAUUAUGUCUUGUCACACUGAUUCAUGUCAGAUAUAAUCUGUUCCCAGCCAUUUUUUAAAUGUCAGAUUUAAGGCCUUAAUAUCCUAAACUACUCUGGUUUGAGUACUUCUGCAAUAUGAAUUAACUUAACAAAGACUACAUGUACUGUUUGUGCAGAAGCUGUAUGUGUGAGUGUGUAUGUGUGUCUGCAUGCAUGUGUGCACGUUAAGACAAAAGAGAACAAGAGAGGAUAUUUAUUUACUGCCUGAGUCAUUAGGUCACUGUAAUGAAGAUAAUGAUACAUGAGGUUUACCCAGGCACAGGUUUACAGUAACAGGAGCACACACAGUUAAUGUUUACUUAAUAAGUAUUAUGUAGAGGCACAUAGAAAUACCUUUGACUGAGGGAAUGGAUUUUCAAAAUAAAAGUGUAAUUGUCUUGCCUCUAAUCCAUGUC